CUUUCGUGCAGAAACCGCCGCACCGCCGGGCCCAACGGCGCGCACCCCCGACAGGCCGCGCCCCCGGAAAGCCAGCGCCCCGCUGCCGGCGCUCGUUGGGCCUCGCGUCGGGACGGGAGGCGUCGGGACCGGAGGCCGGAGCCCCACUCGGAAGCCCGCGAGGGAGGUGCGCGCUCGCCGGAAGCCGCGCCCCCGACGCGGCCCACCUGCCCGCGGCGCCGGAAGUGGCUGUGGCCGCUCUGCUUCCGGUCGGCGGGGCGCUCUCGGGCCGGGGCUGCUGACCGGGGGAAGUCGGGAGCGCCCAUGGCGGAGGGCGGCGGCCCCCACGGGCGGGCCGGGCCGGGGCCCGCAGGUCCUAAUCUGAAGGAGUGGCUGAGGGAGCAGUUUUGUGACCAUCCGCUGGAGCACUGUGAGGACACAAGGCUCCAUGAUGCAGCCUACGUGGGGGACCUCCAGACCCUCAGGAGCCUGUUGCAAGAGGACAGCUACCGGAGCCGCAUCAACGAGAAGUCUGUCUGGUGCUGCGGCUGGCUGCCCUGCACACCGCUGAGGAUCGCGGCCACUGCCGGCCAUGGCAACUGUGUGGACUUCCUUAUCCGGAAAGGGGCCGAGGUGGACCUCGUGGAUGUAAAGGGACAGACCGCCCUGUACGUGGCUGUGGUGAACGGGCACCUGGAGAGCGCCCAGAUCCUCCUGGAAGCCGGCGCCGACCCCAACGGAAGCCGGCACCACCGCAGCACCCCAGUCUACCACGCUUCGCGUGUGGGCAGGGCUGACAUUCUGAAGGCCCUCAUCAGGUACGGGGCUGACGUUGAUGUCAACCACCACCUGACUCCUGACAUCCGGCCCCCUUUCUCGCGGCGCCUCACCUCCCUGGUGGUCUGCCCCUUGUACAUCAGCGCAGCCUACCACAACCUCCAGUGCUUCAAGCUGCUUCUCCAGGCGGGGGCGAACCCCGACUUCAACUGCAAUGGCCCCGUCAACACGCAGGGCUUCUACAGGGGCUCCCCCGGCUGCGUCAUGGAUGCCGUCCUGCGCCACGGCUGCGAGGCCGCCUUCGUGAGCCUGCUCGUGGAGUUUGGAGCCAACCUGAGCCUGGUGACGUGGGACUCCUUGGGCCCAGAGUCGAGAGGCAGAAGGAAGGUGGACCCCGAGGCACUGCAGGUCUUUAAAGAGGCCAGAAGUGUCCCCAGGACCUUGCUGAACCUGUGCCGGGUGGCUGUGAGAAGAGCUCUUGGCAAAUACCGACUCCAUCUGAUUCCCUCGCUGCCUCUGCCGGACCCCAUAAAAAAGUUUCUGCUCUACGAGUAGAGCUCAGAUGCAGCGGUCGACUGCGCGAAGAGGAAGGUGACUGCGGUGAAAGCGAACACCGGGUCCUGCCCCUGUGAACCAACCACCCCCUGUCCUCUGACCAAGUCCCAUUUGGCUGUUGGUAAAGCAGAAACGGCCUUGUUCCCACGGCUUGUAUCUCCACCUCGGGUGCUGGGGGCACUGGACAGUCCUUGGGUCAUUGUCGGCUGAAAAGUUCAUACAAAACCUAAUUUCGCUCUU